UGCACGAGAGAGAGAACAUAAUCAGAGUAAAAUAUCAAAGAGAGAGUUCUGAAGAAGAGCACGUCAGCCAAGCAGAUCGAAGACAAAAGUAUAGCUGGUCGUACACUGAGAGAAGUGAAACUUUCAAUUGGUAUCAGAGCCAUUAAAGCUUAAGAUACUAGCUUUAAAGAUCAAACAUGGGAGAUAUGGAAGAAGGAGCAAAUGUACAACGACCACCACUGCUAAGAGGACCAAACUACAACUUCUGGAAGGGGCGCAUGAAGGCUUUCCUAAAAUCACAAGGUGGGAGAGUCUGGAGAAGUGUUGAAACUGGCUGGCAGAUUCCCACUAAGACAGUUGAAGGAUCAGAUGCAAAAAUUCCCAAAACAUUUGAGGAAUACUCAAAGGAAGAAGCUGCAGCUGCUGAAUGCAAUGACAAGGCCUUAAAUGCGUUAUUUGGAGCAGUGGAUAGUUCUCAAUACAGACUCAUUGCAAAAUGCACUGAAGCACAGAAUGCUUGGAAGAUUCUUGAGACAACCCAUGAAGGAGAUGAGAGAGUCAAGACAGCAAAAUACCAAAUUCUCAUGACAAAAUUUGAAAAUCUCAGAAUGGAAGACAAGGAGAGUAUCACUGAAUUUCAUGGCAGAGUGAGAGAUUUGGCAAAUGAAGCAGAACGUCUUGGAAGACCUUUUGAAGAAGACAAUCUGGUUCUAAAGGUACUGCGUGCCCUACCAGAAAGCUAUUCAGUUGAUGCCAAGGCCAUACGUCAAGCACAUGAUGUGAAGAGGAUGACGCUGGAUCAACUAAUGGGAAAUCUUGAAACUGUUGAGUUGGCCAUGUCAGAGGAACAAAAGAAGAAGAAGUCAGAGAAACAAAUAGCGUUUCAGGUGGGUGAUCUAGAUCUAGAAGAUGAUGUCAUAUCAGAUGAUGACUUUCAAGAGCAGCUGUCACUGGUCACCAAACAGUUUACAAAAAGGUGGCUCCAGAAAAAGGGGAAACAGGUCUUCAUGCAAGAUCCUCAGAGAAGCUCUCAAACCAAAAUGAUGAAAGAGAAAGAAUUCAAGACACAACCGUUAGAAGCAAGGAGAAAAGGACCACAAUGCUUUGAGUGUGGUGGUUUCGGUCACAUUCAAACAGAAUGUGCAAACAACAUGAAAAAGAAAAGGCAGGCGUUUGCAUCAACAUGGAGUGACGAAGAACCAGACACUGGAGAUAUUGAUGGAGAAAGUAACUGCGCCUUUGUCACAUUAGAGUGCAAAUUUCAGUAACAUUUUAGUUUUAACAUUUAAUACGUACAAUUUUUAACUAACUACUAAUAACUAAAUCUGUCCUAU